AUGGGCUUUGUUAUGUUACCUCACAAGGAUGUGAAGCAUUUGACACAGUUCACCAAAAAUCUGUCACCUGACAAGAUCAACCUGAGCACACUAAAGGGGGAAGGUCAGCUGACCAAUUUGGAGCUGGAUCAAGAGGUGCUUCAGAACAUGCUGGAUCUUCCAACAUGGCUGGCUAUAAACAAGGUGUUUUGCAAUAAAGCAUCCAUUAGGAUACCAUGGACAAAAUUGAAGACACAUCCCAUCUCUUUGUCCUUGGAUAAAGUUGUAAUGGAAAUGAGCACAUGUGAAGAGCCACGUGCCCCUAAUGGACCCUCUCCCAUAGCAACUGCAUCUGGACAGAGUGAGUAUGGCUUUGCUGAGAAAGUGGUAGAAGGCAUUUCGGUUUCUGUGAACUCCAUUGUGAUAAGGAUUGGAGCAAAGGCCUUUAAUGCUUCAUUUGAACUUUCCCAGCUGAGAAUAUAUAGUGUAAAUGCAAACUGGGAACAUGCUGACCUCAGAUUUACCAGAAUACAAGAAGCUCAACGUGGAGAGGUUUUGACUUUCAAAGAAAUCACCUGGCAGAUGAUCAGGAUAGAAGCAGAUGCAAUCCAGAGUUCUAAGCAUGAAAUCCUUAGUGCUCCAGUUCGGCUGAUUACUAACCAAUCAAAAAUCAGAGUCACGCUUAAAAGAAGGUUAAAAGAUUGUAAUGUAGUGGCAUCAAAACUGGUUCUGAUUCUGGAUGAUUUGUUAUGGGUUUUGACUGAUUCCCAAUUGAAAGCUAUGGUGCAGUAUGCCAAAUCUCUUAGUGAAGCCAUAGAGAAAUCAACAGAACAGAGGAAAAGCUUGGCUUCUGAAACAGCCCAGAGCUCUGCCCCUGCACCCAGCUCUCAGCAGGUGAAAGCGCACCAGGCAACAGCAGCACCUGAUCAAAACGAUGCAAUAGUCAAAUUGUUUAACGAUUUUGAUGUUAAGGAAACUUCUCAUCACUUAGUAAUUUCCCAUUUGGACCUACAUAUAUGUGAUGAUAUCCAUUCUAAAGAAAAAGAUCCAAACAGACGUGUUACAGGAGGGGCCAUGCAGCUGUCCUUCAGCUAUUUAACAGUGGACUAUUACCCCUUUCACAAAGCAGGAGACAGCUGUGACCAUUGGAUGCAUUAUAGUGAUGCCACUAAAACCAGAAGUGGAUGGGCCAAAGAAUUAUUAAAUGAAUUCAAAAGCAAUGUUGAAUUGCUUAAGCAGGCUGUGAAGGAUCAGGUCAUAGAUUCUCCUCCCAAAUCACCCCCUGAUGUAUCUCCUCAGAACUCACAAACAGGCAAGGAACAGAUACCGAAAGGAACAUCUAGGGCUUGCUCUGUAUCUUCUCAACAACCAAAGGGCAAACUGAUGUCUAGUCCUAUUGUGGUUAGACUUGCAGAUUUCAAUAUAUAUCAGGUUUCAACAGCAGACCAGUGUCGUUCUUCCCCUAAAGCUCUGAUCUCUUGCAAUAAAAAGUCACUUUAUCUUCCACCAGAAAUGCCUGCUAUUCAUAUUGAAUUCACUGAGUAUUACUACCCUGAUGGAAAGGACUUUCCUAUUCCAUGUCCAAAUUUGUAUGGCCAGCUGAAUGCUUUACAGUUCACCCUGGAUGAGAGAAGUAUUCUUUGGCUAAAUCAGUUUGUGUUGGAUUUGAAACAGAGUCUUACUCAGUUCAUGGCCAUGUACAAGUUAAAUGACAAUUCGAAGUCUGAUGAACAUGUUGAUGUUAGAGUGGAUGGACUAAUGUUAAAGAUCAUCAUCCCAUCUGAAAACAAACCUGAAAUUCAUAAAGAUCAGCCUCGUGCACUCUCCAUUCAAAGUUCAGAGAUGAUUGCUACAAAUACCAGAUGCUCACCAAACUGCAGACACUCUGAUCUGGAAGCUUUGUUUCAGAACUUCAAAGAUUCUGAAUUUUUCAGUAGAACUUUCACCAAUUUCCCAAAGUCCCAGAAAAAUUUUAAUCUUUUGCAUCCAAUCUUCCAGAGACAUGCUCAUGAGCAAGAUACCAAAAUGCAUGAUGUUUAUAAAGGUUAUAUCAUCCCCAAGUUGAAUAAAUAUGCAUUAAAGACAUCUGCAGCUACUGAUGUUUGGGCCUUGCAUUUUUCCCAGUUUUGGAUAGAUUAUGAAGGAACAAAAAGUGGGAAAGGCCGACCAAUAAGCUUUGUGGACUCAUUCCCACUUUCACUUUGGAUUUGCCAGCCAGUAAGAUUUGCAAAGUCACAAAAAGAGCUUUUAACCCAUAAUCAGACACCUUUGAACAUUCCAAAAAGUGAAUCUAGUGAUCUUGCUAACAGAUUGCAACGUAAAAAGCUCCUAAAGGAAUAUUACAGCACUGAGACGGAGCCCUUGAGCAAUGGCAUGCAAAUGUCAGAGACUUCAGGAGUGCUUUCUGAGAGCUCUUCCUCUGAUGCAGAUGUACAUGUACUUGUCCAUGUUCAAAAACAUGUAAGCGCACAGAUCAAUCACUACCAGUAUCUUUUUUUGCUGUUUCUCCAUGAAUCUCUGGUAUUGCUCCUGGAGAACUUAAGGAAUGAUGUAGAAGCAGUGACAGGAAAACCUGCAAAGCAAACAGAAGUCUGCAUUGGGAUCCUACUGAAAAGUGCAGAACUAGCCUUACUACUCCAUCCAGUGACUCAGGGAAACCCUUGUAAGUCUCCUGUUGUGGAAGAAGGAAGUCCCAUGGCAUCAGAACUCUCCCCAGUGGGAAACGGGGAAGCUCUUCCUUCAGAGAGUAAAUUGGUUGGUAGUAAGAUAGUGGAAGCAGCUAUUACUAAUUUUGAUUAUGUAAAUGACUGCAAGCCUCUGAAUGCUGAAGUUAAUAAAGGGAUUUUAAUAGAUCCUCUUUUGUUUAAGUCAGACAGUAAUAUGGAUUUGCAGAAAGGAAUGUCAUUUUCAGAUGAUGCAUCAGAUAAAGGUUUGGGAGAUACAAGUGAAGGAGGAAGCAGUGGACUUUUUAGUAGAAGUGAUUCAGAGGAGGUCUGUGGACCUCUAAGUGAGAAAAGUAGCUUGAAUCCUAGGGAUUCAGCAUCCAUUCUAAGUAAGAGAGAAGAUUCUACUGAAUUUUUCAUUGAUAAAGAGGAUGACAAAAGCGUUUUCUCAAAUAAGUUAAAUGAACAGGAAGGCACAACUGAAGGCUGUCCUAACCAAGUCUCUGACUUGGAAACCGAAACUGCCUUAGAAUCUGAAGAGCUUGAAAUCAACAAAGACAAAGUGACUUCAGUUAAAAUGUUUGCAUCCCAGUCUUCAUCAAGCGCAAAGCCUAAGGAACGCUGCUCGUCCAACCUCCCUGCAUUCUCUGUUUCUUACAAGAAUAUGAAGAGAAGUCCAUCACAAGUCUCUCUGGAUACCAUCUCUAUUGAUAGUAUGAUGCUAGAGGAUCAUUUGAUAGAGAGUGAUGGAAGUGACAGUCAAAGCUUUCUGGAAAAAGGUAUUACGGCCACAAACUAUCAAAGCCCAUCAGAAAAUGCCCAUGAAGGAGGCACAGUGAUUGAAAAUUGUGAUGGGUCAUCUCCAGAUGCCAUGAGUGCUGCUUCAGAGAAUGCCCAUGAGACUAGUGAAGACAUGAUGUCUGUUGUGGUUUUCCAAAUAUUUGGUGUUAAUGGUGAAAUUGACAUCAGGGGUGAAGACAUGGAAAUAUGCCUACAGGUCAACCAAGUGAUACCAAAUCAAUUGGGAAAUAUUGGUGUUCGACACUAUCUGUGCAACAGAACUGUUGGUUCUGACGGUAAAUCUGUGGCUGGACAUGUUAAUUCAUCACCUGAGAUUAGUCUGAGAUGGGAAAGUGGGCCCAGUGCUGUCGUACAUUCGCUGCUAGCUGUGAAGAAUGGUUUUCUUCAGUGUCAUGUGGAGAACUUCAGUGCUGAAUUUCUAACAUCCUCCCUGACAAACAUUCAGCAUUUUCUAGAAGAUGAAACUGUUGCAGAAGUGAUGCCUAUGAAGAUCAAGGUUUCUAAUACAAGGAUUAAUUUAAAAGAUGACAGCCCACGUGAAAAUCUCAAGGCAUCUGAACUGGUACCCAUAAAGCUGCAUAUUGACAUACUCUGGAUAGAAAGAAAUGAUGAUGGCACUUUUCUCAUUAGAGACAAUCCAAAAGUAAAUGAUGUAUCAAAGAUGAAGAAUUCAAGUAGUGCAUUGCAACAAGCAGUGGGACCUGUUGGAUGUAAAACACAGGACCAAGCCACGCAGACUACGUGUGAAAUUCCCAGACUUAAGUCAAGCAGGGAUUCAGCUGACUUCCUUAAAAAUGAGCUUAUUGAAGAAAAUGAAUGUCUCAAACAGGAACUAGCCAAAGCCAAAAUGGCUCUUGCUGAGAUCCAAGCAGAAAAAGAUGCCCUGCUUCAUCACAUAAAGAAGAUGAAUGUUGAUCAUCAGUAGGACAGUGUUUUGUCAGUGCAAGGCAUUAUCAUCAGAACUUCAGGUGAUGGUGGCAUCUAAAAUACUGUCUGUAAAUCGCUGGAAGAUGUUAUUUUUUCGGUCACAGACAAAAUUUUCUCAUUACAAACAAAAUGUUUGUGAACUAGGUACUAUUCUGAAAUUAUCAUUAAUCUUUGUAAGUUUUUCCAGCCCAUUUAAAACUGAAAUGACUUU